UCUAAAAACAAGCUGUUAGCAACGGUAACUUCAUAUAGCAAGUGGCUACAGUGUGAUGAAAUAUAAAACAUCCAGUUUGUAGUUUAUUUCCACGUAUUUUUGGUAUGGAUAUCGCUCGGCGUUACUCUUAGUCAGCGAAUCGCUAUAAUAUGUAAAGGCUUGGAAACUAACGCUAGCUUUAACGUUAUCCAAUUGCCACUGCUAACGCCGAAGGUGCUAACUAAUCGGCCUGAAACCUGCAGCUACCGAGGUUAACGUUAGCUAACAUUAACGUUAGCAAGCAGACGUCCUGUUACGUUGGUUACGUUAGUGGUAAAGUAGAACCGGUCACAGGUUGGUAUUAACCCAUAGAUUCUGCACAUCGGUCUCCCAGACUGAAGUUGUGGCUAUAAAAGUCGCCAUUUUCCCACAUUGACGCUGUCGUCACCUAGAAGUUACAGAAAGGUGGAAAUAAUGCACCACGUCAAGAUCAAGACUGAAAGGCAGGAUGCAGAGGGGGUUGGUGCGCGCAGCAGAUUGGAUUCAGUGUUAAAGGGACUGCUAGAGAGGAGUGUGAGUGAAAAGGAGCAAAAUGAGGGUGAUACCGGAAAAUUAUCAGCGGACUCCUUAAACAAGGAUUUGUCACCAUCAUCUGCUGGAAAAAGACCAUCAGCCCGAUUUCCACAGCACCGGAGGAAGAAGCGCAAAGAGAUGGAUGAGGGCAUACCUGAGGCAAAUCAACACAAACAAAACGCUUACAUUAUUAAGUUGUUUGAUCGCAGCGUGGAUCUUGCUCAGUUCAACACCAGCACCCCACUCUAUCCGAUUUGCCGUGCCUGGAUGAGAAAUAAUCCUUCUGUUCGAGCACCGCCAGCUUCGCCAAGCCCCCCACACAUUAUGGUGGAGGAAGAGCUCACAGACAUGAUCAAUGGUAAAGGUCAGAAUGUGUAUAGACUCCCUCCGCCAACGUCCUGUCCAAUCAGCACCUCCGGUGAACCCGUCAACCUCAGGAUCCCACAGACUGAAAAACCCACUGUUAAUAAGUUGACAGAUUCACUCCCUGUAACAGGUUCCCUCAUAUGUGACCACAUGGAACGUUGGAAAAAAAUAAGGCACAAAUGGAAGGAGUGCUCUAACAAGAACCAGUUAAGAUACAGCGAGAGUAUCAAGGUUCUUAAGGAGAUGAAGGAGCUCUAUGACCGCUAACUGGCUUGUGCUGUGGGGCUCUCCACCAUAGAAAGGACUCCACACAGUUGUAAAAGAUCCAUGGUAAAUAACAGUUGAUGUUUGAACGUACUUACUAUAACAUUACCAAACUCAUAGGAAAGCACGAACAUAACUUGAGCCCUAAAUAAACCGUAUGUUGUGUAUUGCAGAAUAUUUAUUCUACAGGAUUUUAAAUUGUUUUACGAUUUCUUGUGCGAGUAUUCCUUGUACUGUGAUGUUGGCCUGUUUGUUAUUCAUACAAAAUAUUUGGAACUGUGAAUAAAGAAAUUGGUUUUCCAUACGCA